AUGAAGUGUAUAAAUGUUGAAGCUAAAACUCAGCAAGACCAUGAAGUGCUCUACAAAAUGUUUGAAUCUUUAAGACGACAUGAAGAUGAUAAAUUUAUUAAUGGUAGCAUAAAAUUAAAAAAAAAAAGUUUAAAUGAAGAAAUCAACCGAUUUAAAGACAUUAAUGAUAAGUACAUUUUUAGCAAUGUGAAGAAAAAAAUAAAAUUAAAAAUAAAUGGAUGUAUAAAAAUAAAAAAAAAAGGAGCACAUGAAGAAUACUAUAAUCACUUAGUAAAGGAGGUUUUACAUGGGAGCAUUUUUAUUCAAAAUAAAAAUAUAAAUAAUAUUCUAGAUUAUAUAAAAUAUAUUAAAUAUAUAAAAUUGGGUGGGAAAAUAAGUAUGGUAAAAAAAAAAAAAAGAACAGAUAAAAAUGAAAUCAUCUCUCCUCUUUUAUCAAAGGAAAAUAUAAACAAAUUAAGAUAUCUAAAAAGAAUUUAUGAUGUUAAAAAAGAAAGAAAUCAAAAGAGUCCAAGAAAAUCAAGUUAUAAUAUAGAAAAAAAAGAAAUAUUAGAUUUAAGCAUGAACAGAUAUUCUCAUUUUCAAUCAGAAAUGUCUAAUAAUUACAAUUUAAAAAAUAACAAUUUUUAUGACAGUAUUAAGUUGGUUGAUAAUAAAAUGGGAAAGACAAAAGGAAAUAAAGAUAAUGAUAAUGAUAAAGAUAAAGAUAAAGAUAAAGAUAAAGAUAAAGAUAACGAUAAAGAUAAAGAUAACGAUAAAGAUAAAGAUAACGAUAAAGAUAAAGAUAAUGAUAAAGAUAAGUCUAAGGAGAAAGAAAAAAAUAUAAAUAUAUAUAAAACAAAUGGUAGUAUAAAAAAUACGUCGAAUAAUAAUCAAUUUUCAUUUGUAUUAUACCCUUCAUCUAAUGAUAAAAUUAGACAUGUAGAUGAACUUGAAAAAAAAAUGAAUACUUUUAAAUUAAAUAUCCCCUCUUCUAUUAUUAAUAAAUUUAAUAACUCUAAUAAUACUAAUACGUUAGAAAAGAGGGAAAGUAUUAAAUAUAAUUUAAUAAAGGAGAGACAAGAAUUUAUGUAUGAACCAAUAAAGAAUAAUAAAGAGAAACAUAACAAAAUACAUUUAAAGGGUACUAUUAAUUAUAUAAAUAAUUUUUAUAAUAAUAAUAAUAAAAAGAAAGAUAAUAAUAAUGUUCAUCCGACUAAAUUUAUAUUUAUGGGAAAGAAAAAAAAAAAAAUCAUUGAACAUGAAGGUACUAAUGAUAAUUAUAUUUUGUGUAAUGAAGAAAAGAAAAAAUUAUUAUAUAUGGACGAAUAUAAUAAUGAAACGAAUAAAUCACAUGAAACAAAUGUAUUAUGUGGAAAUAAAAUAUAUAACAAGUGUGGUAAUAAAAAUAUAUUUCUAGAUCAUUCUGUUUUUUUGAACUACAAUAAGAAAGUCCCCAAGCGUAUAAGUAUCUCAUGCUCUAGUAAAAAUAAAGAUAUGAAGAAAUCAACGUAUGAUGAAACUAUGCUGAGUAUGAGUGAUGUAGAUGAUGUAGAUUAUUUUAUGUAUAUAAAAGAAAAAAAUGCAAUAAAAUAUAAGGAUUAUAUGAACAAGCUAAAGACUACGGGUCAAGACAAAUCUUCGAUAAAAAAAGAAAAGUCGGUUAUAAGAAUUAAAACGGUAGAAGGUCAAGGGGACAUAAAAGAGAAAAAAAGUUAUAUGAAUGAUAUAAAAUAUAAAAUAGAUAAAAAGGAACCUAGUAAUAAAGAGAAUACUUUAAAUAUUACAAAUAAAAAAUUUUCAUUUGUUUCUCGAAAACUCUCAAAACAUUUUAGUUUAUCAAGAAGUGGAGCUACUUUUAGCAUGUCCAAUAAAAAAGAAAAGGAAAGGAACAAAAAAAAGAGAACCAGAUUUAAUAAGGAAAACACAUAUAUGAAAAAAUAUUUAAAUAAAAUUAUGAACAUGUCAAUAUUAAGGAGACAUUUUAAUAACGUUAAUUCUAGUGUGUACAUUACCCAUCAAAAAUGUUUUGAUAAACAUGAAGAAGAUACAAGGAUAAAUGAGAUAAAAGGUAAAAAAGGUGUCAUACAAACUGUGGAUGAAAAGGAAGAUAUGAACAUGUUAAAUGUGAACAAUAAUAAAAAGCAUGUAAUGACGAAAGGUUAUAAGAAUGAUCAUGUGGGUGAUAGUAAAGAGGAUAAUAAGAAUGAUAAUAUUGGUGAUAGUAAAGAGGAUAAUAAGAAUGAUAAUAUUGGUGAUAGUAAAGAGGAUAAUAAGAAUGAUAAUAUUGGUGAUAGUAAAGAGGAUAAUACAACAAUCCUUUCAAAGGAGAAAAAUAUAAAAAUAGGUAUUUAUUUUGAAGAAACAUGCGAUAUUAAACAGAGUAAUGAUAAAAAUAUAUGUAGGACAAACGAAAUAAAAAAAAUGAGUUCUCCUGUUAUGAACAACUUAUUAACAAAAAAAGAAGGUAUGUUAAAAAAAAUUGCUAUAACUAAAGAAAAAAUGGGCAUAACUAAGAAAGAGGGAGUUGUAUUAAGCAUGAAGAAAUCAAUUAGUUUAAAUAAAGAUCCAGAAAUCCAUAUAUCUAGUGAUGACAAUGUUAUAAAUAAAGUAAAUUCGACCAUAAAAUCUGUACAAGAUAUUUUAUCUAAACAAUUAUUCAAGUCUAAAGGAAAUGCACUUCUAAUUAAUAAAAACCAUGUUCCCCAAAUGGAUUCUACUAAUAAAAUGGUUGUUGAUGAAAAAAUAUCUUUUAAGAAUUCAUUAUUCAAGAAGGAUGAAAAUAAAAAAACGAAUUAUAUAAAUUUAGAAAAAGAGGAAGAGAAGAAUGUAAAUAUGGAAAAAUUCUUACUAAAUGAGCGGAAGGAGAAUUAUUUAAAUGAUGAAAGAAUAAAUAAACCUGGAUUAUCUAGGGAAUAUGAUGUUGAUAUAAAAAAAGACCCCGUUUUGAUCAACGAACAAGUGAAUCUCAUAAAAAAAGAAGAUCAAUAUAUUUUUAUAAAUACCGAACAAGAACAUGAAAUGAUGCAAGGACAAAAAAUGAAUGAGGAUGCAGUUAAUUCAAAAGGAGAUGAGAAUACCAAAAAAAAAAAUGAGAACACAAUAAAUGACAAGGAGACGAUUGAUAUUAUAAAUAAAAAGAACUUAUCAGAAUCGGCAAAAGAAGAAAUAAUGGAAAAAGAAAUGUUAGAUGAGAAAGAUAAAAAUGUACCACAUUUUUUAGAAUGUAAUAAUUUACAUAAUAAGGAUGAAAAUACAAAAGAGAUGAAGGUUGAAAAAUGUAAUGAUUAUUAUAUGAUGGAUAAUAUAACAAGUAAAAAUAAUAAUAUGAUCAUCAAAAAGAUAAAUAUGAAAAUGAUUCCUAUGGUUACUAAAAAAGCUCUUCCUAAAAGUAAAACUUUACCAAUAUUAUUAAAAAAGAAUAUAAAUAUUUCGAAAGAAAAAUUUACAACGAAUAAGAAGUUAUCUAACGAAUCGAUUGACAAAACGGAAUCAAGUAAUAUAAAAAUGGAUGAACAUAAAGAAGAAGAAAAACAAAUUAUAAAACCGAGUAAAAGUAUACAUAAAAUUAUAAAACCAGGAAGACACAGUUUCUUUAAUGCUAAUAAAUUAUUAAAUUCUAUUGAGGUAAAAAUUGGAGAACAUAAUUCAAAAAUUAUUGAAAAGGAGGGACCAAUAAAAAUGUUCUCAAAUAGUACGUCUAUAAUAUCGGAUGGAAAAAUAGAUUCUAUUCAUAAAAGUGAUGAGGAAGAAAAAAUAAAUGAUUUAAAGGAAGAUUCAAAUGUACAUAUAUAUGUGAAGGAAAAAGAAAAUCGAAACGAAAAAGGAAAAAUGUUUAUGAAAAAAGGGAUACCUAAAUUGAUGAUGAAAUUUAAUGCAUUUUCUACAAAAAAAAUGGGGAUCAACAAUUUGGAAAAUAAUAAAAAAGUAAAUAGUUUGAGAAGCAUAAAGGAUGAUAAAAUAUUAGAAAAAACAAAUGGUACAUUGGAAGAAACAAAUGGUACAUUGGAAGAAACAAAUGGUACAUUGGAAGAAACAAAUGGUACAUUAGAAAAAACAAAUGAUAGAUUGGAAGAAACAAAUGAAAUAUCAAAUAUACAACGUGAAGAAGAAGUAAAAAACGAAAAAGAUGCUACCUUACAAGAUGAUGAUGACGCAGGACAUACUCUAAAAACUACAAAGGCUAUCCUUAUGAAAAAAAUUCCAGCAAAAUAUAAAAUGAAUAUGGUAAAAAUGGGAGAUAUUAAAUUUCCCAGCCAUAUGAAUAAAUUUAUAAAUAAAUUUCACAGUGUGAAAAUUUUAUCAACAUUGAAAGAAUUCCCUGUUAAAAAAUUAAUAAAAAAGGAUAGUAACGAAGAAAAUAAUUCGUUAGAGAAAAUAAAAAUGGAUAAAGAAAAAAUUAAUGAUGUUGAUAUGGAGAAAGAAGCUGAUGAAGAUGUUAUGAAGAUAGAAGAAAGUGUAAUGAAUAAAAAGGGAAAUGAUGAAACGGAAAUUGAAAUGAACAAUAAUAAUGAAGUUGAUAAUAAUGAAGUUGAUAAUAAUGAAGUUGAUAAUAAUGAAGUGGAUAAUAAUGAAGUAGAUAAUAAUGAAGUAGAUAAUAAUGAAGUAGAUAAUAAUGAAGUAGAUAAUAAUAAAGUGGAUAAUAAUGAAGUAGAUAAUAAUGAAGUGGAUAAUAAUGAAGUAGAUAAUAAUGAAGUUGAUAAUAAUGAAGUAGAUAAUAAUAAAGUGGAUAAUAUAUCACAAGAUAAGAGUGAAAAUUCUCUAAAUAAAAUAGAAGAACCAAACCUUGUAUCUGAAUCAACAACAAUAGAGAAGGAACCGAUAGACAAAAUUAUUCCAAGAAGUUUCUCUAAAUCAUUAAGCAUUCCUAUGAAAGUGCCUACAAUAAAAGAAAACAUAAAUAAAGCAAAACCAACAUUUUGGAAUAAACCCAAAGGGAAAAUAUUCUUUUUGACCAAAAAAGAAAAGAGCAUUUCGCAAGCAAAGGAAAUUUUAAGAUCUCUUGAAAAAUCAAACAAUUGA